AUGCUUUUAUCCUCGGACAAUUUACCUGGUAUUUUCAUUGGGUUAUCUGGCUUAAGUGGUGUAACUGGAAUGGAGUUUGGAGUUCCAGGCUAUGGACUUAUUGGCUACAGCAUCACUAUGUACCAGAACAUGCUGACUUCCCACAAGCCAUUAUGCGCAUACUCGUGCCGUGUGGCUCUUUCAGCUAGCCCAUUGAACUGCAGCAGCAGGACGGAGGUAAAUGGAAUGGUGUUUGCCAAUACUUCAUCUAGCUGCUUCGCCACGGACGAUGCUUUCCUCAUGUCACUAGCGUGGUGUAUUCACAUAGACAUGACCCGAACUUGGAUUCGGUCGCUAAGAGUUACGUUAAAGCGCUGUGUCGAUCUUUCCGUUUGGGAAAUCGAGAAGUACUGGCAAUCUACAGAAGCUAGCAUUCGUAACAGCCAUCGAAGACUUGAUGAGCCUGGUGUCAAUGUCGACUCAAACCCCCCAGCUCCGAAAUGGACGUAUCAAGAGGCUCUCAGUAACGUCAACCGGACACCGACAGCUACCUUGUCUUUUGCAAACCCACUCAAGGAGAAGGCUUUGGUGUCGGAUGCCGAUUACCAGGUGCAGUACAAUACCAUGGGUAUGUUCGAGAAGAUGGAGGUCAACCAUGAGACAUACGGUCUCAUUCUGAUUGCAUCAGGUGCAGUCGUUCCGAUUUUGAUUUCACUGCUUCGGUUUGUCCCAUUGCCGGCGUUGAUGGUAUCUAAGAUCCAUGCGGUUUUUAUUGACCCCCCCCUGUUGGGUCGUCGACACAAAGUUCCUUACUUCAACAUGUUGAUAAUGCCGACGCGCGGUCAGACGAUCCUCAUCGCUUAUUUGGUGAUCAUCAACGUUGUUUUAAGCGGCAUCGGUUACGACUCAGCUCAACCCAAUGCUUGGUGGGUCAACGACAGAGACCAAGAACUUCUGACAUCUUUUAGCAACCGUAUGGGUGUGCUAAGCUUCGCAAACUUACCUUUGCUUAUUCUUUACGCCGGGAGAAACAACUUCCUGUAUUGGUUGACCGACUUUACCCAAUCGACUUUCAUGCUACUGCAUCGGUGGACGGCAUACUUUUGUACCAUCCAGGCAUGUCUGCACUCGGCUGCGUGGCUUCAAAUCUACGUCAGCAUGAACCAACACGACAUUGAAGCUCAGUUGCCUUACUGGAUUUGGGGAAUCAUUGCCACCCUUGCUAUGAGCUUCUUGCUGCCUGCCUCAGCAAUUCCGUUCCGGGAGAAGUUGUAUGAACUCUUUUUGGCCUUGCACAUCACUCUCGGCAUACUUGCGGUUGUCGGCUCCUACCUGCAUAUCGUCUAUAGGUUCCAGCAUCAGUGGGGCUAUGAAGUAUGGAUGUAUAUCUGCUUCGGUGUUUGGGGUUUCGACCGGCUUGUACGCAUGCUUAGGAUGGCGAGAAAUGGUUUGUUGUGGGCAAACAUCAACAUUAUCGACGAUGAUUAUCUGCAGAUCGACAUUAUUGAUGCAGUGGGAAACGGCCACGCUUACCUAUACUUUCCUACAUUGUCAUGGCGCCCAUGGGAAAGCCAUCCUUUCUCGAUCCUGAGGUCCAGGGUGAACUUUUUUUCGACUAGGUCGUCGAGCAUCCGACCUUGUCCUGUCACCAAAGACUCAUUUUCCAAAGAUUCGAGCAGUAGAGAGACUUCACACGCCAACACUGAAUCCCGUGUUGGGUUGUCCUUUCUCAUUCGAUCUUUCUCUGGCACCACGAAGUUGCUCCGUUCACAUAGCCGCCUCCCAGUAUUCGUUGAGGCCGGUUAUCUUCCACAUCACAAUUUGGAAAAGUUCGAGACGCUUUUCUGCAUCGUUGGAGGAGUUGCCAUCACAGCUGUAGCCCAGGUUUUACACACGUACCCCGGGAACGCCAAAUUGUACUGGUCUGCACGAAGCCACACUCUGGUUCAACGGGUCAGUCUCGAUGGUGUUGAUUUAAGCAUUUCGAUUGAUGCACGGUUCGAGCUUCGCAGUGUUCUAGAAGAGGAGAUAAGGAAAGCUAAAGGGACUACAGCUAUUAUAGUUAGUGGGCCUGCUACGAUGGUUGAUGAGGGACGCUGUCUGGUUAGCAAACUCGCUUUUAGAGCGCCGGUACCAAUUACUUUUAUUGACGAGACAUAUAUCUGGUAA